AUGUUUUCUCAUAUUCGUAAACCAUCAUUACCAUCAAUAAUUAGUAAUAAUUCAUCAUUUUCAUCGGAUAAUUUUUAUAUACCUACUAUUACAAUACCACGACCAACUAUUUUACGUCCAUUAGAUGUCUAUGAUUUUAAUAGAAUUAGUCCAACAGAUUUUAUUCAUCAACGUUGUAUGCAACAAGAACCAUUUCGUAUUCCAAGACCAAUACUUACUAUACCCCGUCCAGCAAUACAUUUGCCUACUAAUGAUUCAAUAUGGACACCUUGUACAAGACCUACACAUGUACAACAAACAUCUACAUCAUCAAGUCCAUUAUCAAUAACAAAUCAUUCUGAACGACCAAUCUAUCAAAAUUUACCAUUAGAAUCAUUAAUUCCAUCACCUCCACCGAUUCCUACUCUAUAUCAAAUUGGUCCAUCGCCUUUUCAACGACGUGUACCUAUUCCUGUUACUCAACCAAUCAAACAAAAAAAAUGUUCACAUGAAAAACCUCCAGGUUUAUUUACAACUCUAUCUGCCGGUGGUCUAAGUACUGUUGCAGUACUUAUUUAUCUAAGUUUUCUUCUUACAUUCCCUAUUAUUAAACUUAUUUUAGGUAUUCUUUAUGUAAAAGAAUGUCCUGUAAAUAAGAAUAUUCCAUUGUAUAUGAUCAUUUCUGGUAUUUGUGGUUUAACUAUGGUUAUUCUACUUAUUUUUUCAUCUGCUUGUACAUAUUAUCGGUCUAUAUUGAAUGCACAAAAGUCAACACAUGGAUUUAUAAUAUGUAUAAUAGCAUUAACUCGUGGUAUGCAAGGUACUCUAGCAAUAUUUCUUUUUAUUUGGUUUUUUUUCGGUAAUAUAUGGAUAUUUAAUGCCCGAUAUCGUGUUCGAACAGAUAAACCAAAUGAUACAAAUAAUUAUUGUCAUCCAACACUCUAUGGAUUUGCAUUUUAUAGUUUAAUUUUUACUUAUAUUUAUGCACUUUUUACUUGUUGUAUUAAAUUUUGUGUGAAUUUUUUUUGUUGUGGUAUGUGUAAUGCAUGGCAUAAAGCAUUUUCAUAA